CUCAAAUGCUUCGUUCUUCUGGUCAUCCUUUCCACCAUUCGCAGAGAUCUGCGAGGCCGGGCGAUGGCCCGACUCCGUGUUUUGCUGCUGACCCUGGCAGUGCUUCCUGAUGCCACUUUAGCGGAGGAACAACAAGGUGUCAGGCGGCACCGGCAUAUGCGACGACAAGGGCCCUUCCAGGAGUUCAAGUCCGUGCCGCCGAAUCGUUUUGGAACGCCCCAGGAGGGCCAGGAGCAUUCGGAGACGGUGAACCUGACCAUGGGCUCCAGCAAGGAUACCGAGGGAAAGGUGGUGAGCCAAUGGGCUUGCGCCUUGAUGUGUGCGAGUAGAGCCACCCAGGGCUGUUGUUCCUACCAAGGAGAGUUGGGUGUCUGCGAAUUUCAGCCCGGCACACCCGGCACCAACGCCACGGUGCCAGGCUGGACGCAGGCAAGGUGUACACCAGGAUACGCCACUGCCAAGUGUGCGCCAUGGGAACAAGGGAAAUGCAUGGGACAGGCUCAGCCGGCGGCGGAAGGGCUAGCGAUCUGGGCGCUUCUCUGGGAGGACCACUUCGACACCGACACCUGCGUCCUGGACGGCAGCGGCGUGUUACGCCCCAGCCCCGAGUUCUGGAGUUCAGAGAUUGGCUACAAACGUGGCAAGGAGUUGCAGUGGUACCAGCCAGAAAAUGCUGAGUGCCGCAACGGGGAACUGAUCAUCACGGCCCGAAGAGAACGGCAGUCCUGGGAGAAGCCCGAGGGCUCGCAGUGCCGGGUGGUGGGCUGGGAAGACAAAGAGCAGCCUUUGGACAACAAAAGCUGUGGCGUUUGUGCGCCGCCAUACUUUCAGUAUUACAACCCUUGCGACCUGGUAAGGCAAGACGACAGCGGCUCGGCGCCGGCCUGCGACUGUUCGCAGUCGGCGGAGUUCACAAGCGCCUCAUUGAUGACCAAAGGGAAGAAGGAGUUUUCCUAUGGCCUUUUCGAAUUGCGCGCCAAGAUUGACACGCGACCAGGUGCCUGGUCGAGCUGGUGGGCCAUAGGCGACUUCGACUUUGUGCCCUGGCCGAAGAACGGCCAAAUCGACAUCUUAGACGCCUUUCAACACAUGUUGAAAGCCAGUGUGACUCAUGCUGGAGAAUCGGGGCUGCCCAGCAGUGCCAUCCAACACGCAGGUGCUCGAAUGUUGGACCGAGACUGGGAAAAGUAUUACCACACCUGGCAACUGGAGUGGGAUAGCGACUUCAUCCAGAUUCGUGUGGAUGGUGAAACGCUGCUGAAGGUGGAUCUCAAGGUGGCGGACGCCGUGCGUACCUCGUGGCCCAAUCCCUUCACGCGCGCCAAGAAGUUCUUCCUGAUCCUGAACUUGGCCAUCGGAGGUCAUGCCGGAGGAGAUGCCACGUUGACAGAGUUUCCCAUGGAACUUCGUGUGGAUUACAUCCGUGUGUUUCAGAAGAGGGGCUACACAUCCUGAAGGCUCCCAGACAACUUCCGACCCAGUCCGCGGCG